AUGGAAACAGGGCAGAAACAUGACUCUACAGUGAGUCCAAAGCAAAAGAAAAUACAAGAUGACUCCUUAGGGAAUGUUGAAACAUUUGAUGUCGCUCGUGGCACAAGGGUUUAUUGUUUUGACGCGCCUCUAGAUCCUUCGGAGGAGUUGAAAAUAGACAUCGUUGCAUGUGACUACGAUUACAAUGUUGAUGAGUCAUUGUCAGGGCCGGUCAUGGGCGAAGGCGAAUAA